ACGGAGCCGCUGCUGGCCGACAGACAGCUGCUGAGCGCCGCGGAGCUCCGGAGCAGAGAGCCGGAGGUGCUGCAGGACCGGGUUCUCCUGUGAUCCGGAUCAGUCCCCCGGGCCAGAGGACACUUCACAGAGUCCGUGUUUGAGUUCUGUCAACUUGUGGAAUUAAAGGAGGAGACAGGGAGCAGGAAUCAGGAUCGGGACCAGGACCGAGUCUGGAUUAAUGUCCGUGCUCCGUGUGCCGUGAUCCGGAUCGUGGGACCAUGGUGGGGGACAUGGAGGGAAAGGACAAGCCGAGACCGAGUCCGGAUUAUCUGAUGCAACUGAUGAACGACAAGAAGCUGAUGAACAGUUUACCGAACUUCACCGGGAUCUUCCAGCACCUGGAGAGACUGCUGGACCAGGAGAUCAGUCGUGUCAGGAAGGACAUGUACACCAACACUCUGAACGGUUCAGACAGAAGCAGCGAGCUGCCCGAUGCCGUUGGUCCGACUGUCCAGCUGCAGGAGAAACUCUAUGUUCCCACAAAGGAGUUCCCUGACUUUAAUUUUGUCGGGAGGAUUCUGGGACCUCGAGGUCUGACGGCUAAGCAGCUGGAGGCGGAGACAGGAUGUAAGAUCAUGGUGAGAGGGCGGGGCUCCAUGAGAGACAGGAAGAAGGAGGAGCAGAACCGAGGGAAGCCUAACUGGGAGCACCUGAACGAAGAUCUUCACGUCCUCAUCACGGUGGAAGACGCUCAGAAUCGAGCUGAGAUCAAACUUAAACGAGCUGUGGAGGAAGUCAACAAGCUGCUGGUGCCUGCCGUGGAGGGUGAGGACAGUCUGAAGAAGAUGCAGCUGAUGGAGUUAGCCAUCCUGAACGGGACGUACAGGGACGCCAACAUCAAACCCUCCUCUACUCAGACUCCUCGUGUCCUCUCUGGCCCCGCCCCUGUACUGGCUCCGCCCACCGUCCUGCGUACACCUGCCCCCGCAGGCCCCGCCCUGAUGCCUCUGAUUCGUCAGAUCCAGACGGUGCUGCCCAAUGGGACGCCUCACCCGGCGGCUCUGAUGCAGGGGACGGGGCCUGAGUCCAGUCUGAUCUAUGCGGCGCCGUACGACUACCCGUAUGCUCUGGCGGCGCCGGCCUCCAUCUUGGAAUACCCCCUGGACUCUGGAGGGAUGUUGGGUAAGCCCGCCCCCCCCUGCUCCUGCGACUGCUCCCCCACGCCUCACCACCACCCCCACAGCCAGUGGUGCCCCGCCCCCACGCUGCUCCUCAGACACACCUCCUAAAGAUGGAGAACAGGCACCACACACGCCACACCUGGUUCACAGCUGACGCCUGCGGCAGCACCCCCUGCUGGACGCCGUUGUUCAAACAGGAAGUGAUGAUCAGUAGGGAGAACAUUUAAACGUUUGUAUAACAUGUUUUCUGUCUAACAUAGUUAACACUCACCAGACGCUCCGACAGAACCUGAAGCGCUGAAGAGGUCUGACUGUCGACCAGUCAGGACGUCGCUGAACAUGUGCGCUGUUCCUCCAUCACAACCUUCUGUAUUCACCUGUCAGGUGACGUCAGCUGUGGGCGAAGCGUUCAGUUACCAAUGUGUUCACUCUGCUUUUACUGAUGUGCCUCAGAACUUCCUGUUCCUCAGAGACCCUCAUAGGAAGCGAUGUCAGAAACAACGUUCUCCAUGUCAUGUGACCACAGCUGGUAGUGUUGGUGUUGUGAUGGAGGUUUUCAGAUCGGUGUAACGACUCAGUGUGAGAAACACGAGACGAUCUGAGAACCUUCAGUCGAGUUUUUAACUGAGAUUAAUUUUAAUUAACAAUAAAACUAAUUAAUUAACAAACAAACAAACAAACAAACUUUUCUCGUCGUAAAAACUGAGUUUAAUUUUAGAUCAUUAAAGCUUUUGAAUUUAAAUCAAACAGAUGGUUCAGGGACACAGUUCAGAUGAAAGUCUGAAUAUUUGGUGAAAAUGUUUUAAUAUCGUAAAAAAAAUAUUGUCUUCGUAUUUUCACAAAAAGUCGAACAACUUAAGAAAAAAAUGUUUUAACGUAACGAGACGAGUUUAUUCUCACGUCAUUACACCUCAUUUAUUUCAGUGUUACGACUUUAUUAUCUAAAUGUAUCUGUGGCCUGUGGUAGACAGUGAUAACCAAUCAAACUGAUGCACCUGAAAGGGGUGUGUCCUCAUGAUGAUGUCACAGUACAGACUGGUCACCUGUCGACCUCUCAGGUCUCACCUGUAACAUAAAUUUUAGCUAAACGUGCCUUAACGUGUUUCUACUGAUCCUCUGUGAUAAUGCUUUCACUGACCUGUACCUGUGAUGGUGCGUUCACUGACCUGUACCUGUGAUGUUGUGUUCAGUGAUCUGUACCUGUGAUGAUGCGUUUACUGACCAGUACCUGUGAUGGUGCGUUCACUAACCCAUACCUGUGAUGGUGCGUUUACUGACCCACACCUGUGAUGGUUCGCUCACUGACCCGCACCUGUGAUGGACACUGUGGACAGGGACUCCACGUCCUCCAUGACAGUCUGGGGCAGGUGUGGUGGUCUCUAAAGUCUUCAUCAAAGGACGGUUACCGCAGACCAACGUUAGUCUGCACACACUCCGCUCCCUUUUCUCUACACCUGCCUUUCCCACAACCCACUGCUCUGCCUCAGCUGCUGUCUGUUCAGGGUGUUUUCACACCAACAACCAAGAUAGUCCACCAGACUCCAGCUUUCACAUCAAAAUGUAAAUUUACUGUUAUCUAAUGUGUAGCGUUUUUAAGACCAUACGAAGGCCACCCACUAUCUGAUGUGAGCCAGCUAUUUGAAUUGCCACCUACUUAAAACGUGGGCGUACCGAUCUCUAAUUGAGCCGAGGUCAUGCUAACGGUAGCUAACUGUGAACCCUUCAGGACAGUGAGGAUAUUUGAACCUGGACUUCCUGCUCCGUUAUUUUGAGGACUGUUGUUAUGUUGAUUCUGACUAACGGACUGGAAACGUUAAAUAAAUGUACGUUGAGCUGUAAGAAGACGACACUUUAUUUACCAUUCAAGUAUUAGAAAUUCAUUUUAUUAAAUCCUGUUUAGGCUCCACCUCCUCCAGAGUUACACAUUUCAAAUCAGCCUCAUCUCUGUGUCUUAAGUGCAACCAGGAGGGGUUAGCCUAGCUUAGCACAAAGACUGGAAGCAGGGGGGAAACUGUUAGCUUCAAUGCUAAAUGCUGAAAAAUUUCUUCACCUUCAAUAAAUAAUAAUAAACAACAACGCUCACGCCGACCCAGAAACACCAAACAACAUGUCGGAGGGUGGAGCUUAGCUAAGAGUUUCCCCGAUUCAUGAGAUGAAACGUAGGACUCUUUGGGAGAUGAGUACACGAAGAUUUUAUCAGAUGUUUUAAAGUUCUCAGAUGUUAACGUGAUGUUAGCUAACAUCAUUCGUCCUGAAGAAAUGAUCCACAUACAGAAAAUCUGUCGGACUUCCUGCCAUGAAUGAACUUAUUUUUUCAUGUUGAAUCAGAUUUUCAAAGUGGUCGGUUCUGGUCGGUUCCCUCUGAGUCGGACUGACGGACUGGAGACCAGGAAAAACAGGACGACUGAGAUCAGUCGAGGUUGAAUGAGGACGUUCAUGUUUCUGCUGAUGAUCAGAGUCCAACAUUUACAUCUCAAAUAACCUCGUACAAACGUUUUGAUCGCAGCUAAACCGUGUGUCUCUGAUGAUGUCACAUUGCCUGACCAAUCAGAAUGUUUGAUGUAAAAGUUUCAUGUUUUGUUUAAAAAGUCGGAACGUUUCGAGGUUAAUGUAAAAACACGAUGAGAAAAACAUCAUAACGUCUUCUGAGAAUGAUCUGCACCAAUCAGAUUAUGACAUGUAUCAUCCAAUAGAAUCCCAGCGUCAGUGUGAUGUCACUGACCAUCAGCAGAAACGUUUCCUUCCUCUCUGACGUCCUGUGAAGAACCAGAAGAACCCUGAAGUGUGAUGUCGUAGGACUGAAGGUCACCAUGACCUGGAUGACCGAGAAUCGUCAUGACGAUGUCUCAUCGUCAUGACGAUUCUUAUUGUCCAGAUCAUCAUGACGACCUGGACGAUGAGACAUUUGUUACUAAAAGGAUCAAACUGGAAACUUUAUUGAUCACAAACACAGUAACAGUAACACUGACUAAAUGAAUGACAUAAAUCUGAUGACAUUGCGCAAAGUCCUGAUGUCACCCCGCCGCCGACUCAUCCGACUCACCCAUUACAUUAACACAACUCGACACACUCAAACCCUCCACCAAUAAAAACUUGUAUAAACCAGAUUUAUUUACGUCUCAUCGGUGACUGUGUCGGGUCGGACCCCGGCUGUCCGCGGCGGGCUGCAUUCAGGUGUUACUGGCUGUGAUGGAGGUGAACAGGUGGACGAUGGGCGGCUUCAUCAGCUCGGUGUGGCGUUCAGGGACACUGAACAUGAUGAACAUGAUGUCACAUGAAGACAGUGUCAUUGUAAAUGUUUUACAAGGUUUAUAGACAAACAUGGUCGAACCUUUUUCACCUGACGCAGAACGCCGUCCUCCGUCUGACGGGUUUAUAUCAGUGAAAAGGUUUUUACCCGAUGAUGCUUUUAAGGACUUGACAUUAUGUAUCUCCAACAUGUCAGAAUACAGUUUGUUUAGUUUAAUUAAUGCAACAACAAAUCAGAUCAGCAGACAUUUACACUCACUUUAUUUAUUUACAUUGUUUAUCAGAAACAACGUUGAAAGGAGGACCAAUCUGAGACACAAGAGUACAACACGUCUCCAUGUUUGUGUUUUACAUUUAACAGCUCCGAGGGGAAAUGGUCAUAUUGUUUAUUUUUAUACAUCGAGAAGUUCAUCGGAGAUGAAACUAUUAAAAUCCAGAAAGUGUGAUGUCACCAAAUGCUGAUGAUGAACUCCUUUAUAUUUCAGAAGAAAUGAUGAACCUCAAAACCAGAAACUGUUCAAUAACGCUGAUGCUGUGGAGAUACAAGGUUUUCACUAAGCUAUUACAGAAGUCUGUGUUUGUCAUACGAGGUUUCCAUCAGUCAGAUUCAGUUAGAUUUAACCAGGUACCAGUUCAACCAAUCACAGCUCAGCAUUUAACCCUUUAAACAUCUCCUGCAGACAGACGAGGGGCGUUCAUCACAUUGUCAUCUUCAUCACAUCGUCAUCACAUUGUCAUCUUCAUCACAUCUUCAUCACAUUGUCAUCUUCAUCACAUCGUCAUCACAUUGUCAUCUUCAUCACAUCUUCAUCACAUCGUCAUCUUCAUCACAUCGUCAACGAAUGUUAGUGCAGACGUGGUGUUUCCUGUAUUUAUGUGGAUCUAAAAUAAGAACCAUAGAAUGUUUAUUCUUUGUGCAGCAGAGCUCCUGUCGUCACUGUAAUGAUGUCACUGCGUUUCUCAUGUACGAUGUUAAACCACGUGAAACCACACAGUGGCGUCAGAGGAACGAAGAUGAAUCCGUCACAGCGUCCUGUUGCUCUGCUCUAUUAAUAUGUUUGAAUCUUAAAAAAUCUUUAAAGUCUGCAGUUUAAAUAAGAAAUAUUUUGUUUGUAUUCAUGAAUUUUUUGUGUAUGUUUAUUAAAAAUAUUUUACAUAGAAUUUUUUUUAGUUUUUUUUGUGUAAAUUUUUUUUUUUUUUUAAUUUUAAAGACACAGUUUCAAAACUUUGAUCAGUUAUUCUGGUUCAUUGUCUUAAAUAAUCUUUGAGCUCAGGUCGUUCAGAUUUAUUGAUAAGAAGCGUGUGAAGAUUCUCCAGGAAGUGACAUCACAGGAAGCAAAAAUACAGACGCAGGCACUAGUGGACCGUUUCAACUGCAGAGUUUAAAGGGUUAAUCAGCAGAAUAUAAAUAUUAAUUAUAAAAUCAAAUAAAAGAAUGAUAUGAAUUCAGACUGAUGAAACACGACGACAAUAAAUCAGAUUUAAUAUUUAUGAAACUGUCAAACUGAUGAAAAAAACAAACUUCACUUUUCUUCAGCUGAAAAACUUCAUGUUUCAGUUUUUAUUUAAUCACCUGAACGUCACAUCGACCUGAACUGAUCAGAGUUAUACAGCAUGUGAUCUUCAGCUCAUAAACUCCUCCUCCUCCUCCUCCUCCUCCUCCUCUUGCUCCUCCUCCUCCUCCUCCUCCUCCUCCUCCUCUUGCUCCUGCUCCUCCUCCAUCAGAGCAGACAUUUCAAACCUCAGAUGAACCUCAAACAUAAUGUUUUGACCUUCAGGUGCUGACGGAUGAGACGAUGAAGAGUUUUCGAAUGUGUUUUUAUUGUGUUGUUGUUUUUGUUUGUUGCUCAGAUUGUCAGUGUUUAUGAUGAAAUAUAUAUUAAAUAUGUGUUAAAGGAAAAAAACAGGGUAAGUGUGAGGUCGAAGGCUGUUUGUAGGAAGAAGACACAUCUGACAGUUUUCUG